AUGCUAGCUGAUGGAUUUUCCCGCUAUUCAAAUAAAAUAGGCUGUUUAAUCACCACUUAUGGGGUCGGUGAAUUAAGUGCAUUGAAUGGGAUAGCAGGUGCUUUUAGUGAAAACGUUAAAGUGUUACAUAUUGUUGGGGUCGCCCGUUCUGUUCAUUCCCGUUCCCAAGAUUAUAAUAAUCAAAAUUUACACCAUUUAGUUCCUCGUUUACAUGAUUCCAAUUUUGUUGGUCCUAAUCAUAAGGUAUAUUUAGAGAUGAUUAAAGAUAGAGUGGCAUGUUCUGUCACAUAUUUGGAAGAUAUUAAUACUGCGUGUGAUGAAGUUGAUAAGGUUAUUAUGGAUAUUUAUAGAUAUUCGAAACCUGGGUAUGUUUUUGUGCCUGUUGAUUUCUCUGAUAUGUUAGUAGACCCUUCAAAUCUUUUUAAGAGGCCAGAAAUCACUUUAGAAAACUGCGUUUCUUAUGCUCCAUCUCCUGUAGUUGAUGAGUUGGUUCGAAUGGUUUUACAGUACAUUUACGAAAGUAAAUGUCCUUCUAUAAUUGGUGAUGUUUUAUGUGAUAGGUUCGGAGCUUCUUCUAUGGUCAACAAUUUGAUUCAGUUGACCUCAAUGUGGAAUUUUGCCACUGUAAUGGGAAAAUCGAUCAUUGAUGAAUCAAACGUUAUGUAUAUGGGGCUCUAUAAUGGGAAUGAGAGUAUUGAAACAGUGACAGAAAGGUUUUUACAAAGUGAUUUGGUCCUACAUUUUGGUAUUCAAGUGCAUGAAAUUAACAAUGGCCAUUAUACAAUAAAUUAUAAAGAGGACGCCAAAGUAAUUGAAUUUCAUUCAGAGUACAUACGUUUCUUUGAUGCUUCUACGGGAAAUGAAAAGGUAUUCAAAGGAGUUAAUUUUGUACAAGUUCUAGAGAGAUUAAUUCAAACUAUUAAUGUGAACAAGUUGAAUUUUGAAUAUCCAAGUAAUAUUGAGAAAUUCGCCACUGAUGAGGUGAAUCUACCAACGGAACCUACUGAAAUUACUAAAGUGACACAGAAUUAUCUACAAAAAUCAGUUCCUCAUUAUUUAAAUCCCGGUGAUGUCCUUGUUUGUGAAACUGGGUCUUUCCAGUUUGCUAUACGUGAUUUUGUACUACCUAGUCAACUAAAAUAUAUCACUCAAGGUUUCUUUUUAUCGAUUGGGAUGGCUUUACCAGCAGCAUUUGGUGUUGGAAUUGCAAUGCAAGACUAUCCACGAUGUCAUAUAUCGAAGGAUCAUCCAAGCCAUGUAGAAAUACCAGAUGAUUAUGAACCCAGAUUGAUUUUAAUUGAAGGUGAUGGUGCAGCACAAAUGACCAUCCAAGAAUUGACGUCAAUGGUUCGCUUCCAAGUUCCAAUUGAAAUCAUGAUUCUAAAUAAUAAUGGAUAUACAAUUGAAAGGGCCAUUAGAGGCCCCACAAGAUCAUAUAAUGACGUUAUGUCUUGGGAUUGGACAAAAUUAUUGGAAGCCUUUGGCGAUUUCAAAAAACAACGUACCGUCAGUGCAAAGAUCGAGACGCGAUCCAAACUUGCUAUGAAAUUGAAGCAAUUGAAAAACAAGGGUAAGUUAAACCUUAUAGAAUUGGUUGAAAUUAAAUUAGAUACAAUGGACUUCCCAAAACAAUUACAAUCAAUGGUUGAUGCAGCUGCCUUCACUAGAAAAUGUUCUCUUGAAUAA